AUGCCUGACAAAGACCUCCACGUCAUUAUCAUCGGCGCUGGAAUCACUGGCCUCAUUGUGGCACAGGGACUCAAGAGGAGGCAGCUGGGAAUCCGCUACUCAAUCUUUGAAAAAGAGGUGUGCCUCAACUAUCGCAGCAAUGAGUGGACAAUGGCAAUACACUGGGCUUUGGACCGUCUGGAGAACAUUGUGCCUCCUGAAGUCUUCUCCCAGAUUCCACUCAUCUCGUGUAACCCAGCCGUGCCCGUUGAGGCUGGUGGGCUUUAUCCCAUCAUCCAGGCCGAGACGGGAAAUCUCCUCACUGGGGUCCCUUACGAAAAGGGGCUUCGCGUCUCACGGAGCAGAAUGAGAGCUCUCUGUGCAGAAGGGAUUGAGGUUCAAUAUGGCAAGAAUCUCAUCGACGUCGCCUUCAACGAGUCUGGCCAGGGAGUCGUUGCAUCCUUUUCUGAUGGGACCGUUGUCUCUGGUUCCAUCAUUGUUGGAGCAGAUGGCCCUCGUUCCAAAGUUCGAGAGUUUGCUAUGGGAAGUGCUGAGGAGGCAGCUGUCAGCAAAUUUCCCAUCUUCCACACAAACAUGACCGUCUGCUACAACGAUGCAGAGAAGGCCAAGUAUGUGCGGCGAGAUUACCCUACGAGUUUCCUAGCUCUGAGCAACCAAUCGUUUCACGCCUUCCAGUCCAUCUCCAAUAUGCCAGAUGGCCAAGAUCACCCUGAGUCGUGGAUCUUUCACAUGGCCAUGGCUUGGAUGGGAGAUUCUAACCACAAGCUCAGUUAUCCCGAAAGACUUGCCCUGCUGAAAGAGAGAGCUGCAGGGAUGGGUGAACCUGCCCGAUCUGCCUUUCUCUGGUUGCCCGAGGACACCGAAGUCCACAAAGCUGACAUUAGCUACUGGAUCACAAAGCCGUGGAACAACCACGGUGGAAGAAUGACACUGAUUGGCGAUGCUGCUCACCCAAUGCCACCAUAUCGUGGUCAGGGACUUAAUCACUGCAUCUGCGAUACUUCCUAUCUCAUAACUGGGCUAGAGGGCGUCUUCCGCGGGGAGACGGAGCUCGAGGAUGCCAUCAAGAUCUAUGAAGCAGACGUGAUCCCCCGAGGCCAAGAAGAGGUCAAGUGUUCAGUCGAGAAUGGCUACAUGCUUCACGACUGGAAGAAGGUCGAGGCCAGCCCAGUUUUCACUCGAGGGUUCAAGCCGAUGGAAGGACAUGAUUCAAAACCUAAGGAAUAA